AUGACCCAUAUUGUUGGUUCUGUGCCAAAAUCAAUCAACGACUCUGGCAGCGAAUAUAGUAGCCAUCAUCCUGAUGCAAGAUUAUCAUAUAUCAAUGGCGAGGAAACCGAUGAAGAAGAGGAAGAAAUACACACACUCGAAGAGGUCAAUACAUGGACACCCGAGCAAGUGGCGGAAUACUUGUUUACUGUGGGAGUUGAGAAGAAGCACUGUGAAGUGUUCCGAGAUCAGGAAAUCACCGGAGAUGUUUUACUGGGCAUGGAUCAAACAUCGGUUUUCUUGAAAGAAUUUGAAUUGGGUUCUGUUGGACGAAGGUUGAAAACUUGGCAAAAGAUAAAAGCCCUCCAAGACGAAGUAAAUGGUGAAACUCCAACCAGAAGGAACACUGGUACAUAUGCUGGUAGUGAAAUUGGCUCCGAGGAUGGUGGUCGUCGCAGUCGCAAUGGUACUCCAUCAGCAAUGCUACCAAGAAACUUCAGUUUGAGCAACAGGCCUGGAUCAUCGUCAAACAAUAUUCGACAAUCUCAGCGCGCUCCCCGAAAUGACCCUGCUAUAGAUUCAUCUCCAGUAUCUCUCAGAACUCCACAAGGCAGCCCAAGAGCCCCAGGCGAAAAGAGACCUUCUGCAGCAUCAAUUAGAGAUUUACAUCAUUCUAGGCAAAGCUCGAUUGGUGAAUUUAGUACCACUAAUUCACUCAUGAGCGCCGUUGCGGGCGGGGAAGGCCGCGGUGCAUCUUCGCACAGGAAGCAAGCCUCAUUUAACAAAGAUUGGUCCCUUGGUGAUGCAACGUCCGCCAUAUCUCAACGGCGUUUAUCUUCGAGUCACCGAGGGUAUUUUUCGGGUGGUGAAUUGGAGGGCCGACAGAGAAACGUGCUACGUAAGAGAGGUAGCACAGCUGAUCACUCUAGAAAUUCCAGUUACACUGAUGAGCAGCGAUUAAGGACCGCAACAACAAAUUCAAGACAUUCCAGAUUUGGUAGUAUUGAUGCAACGAGAGAAACACCACCACCGACGGCAGCACAAAAAUAUUACGGCUUAUCUGUGAAUGGUCGUCGGAGAACUCCUUCAGAAAGUUCCAUUAAUACACCUCCUCGACCAGUACCACCCCCGAAGGACGAUUUCCCACUUGUCACCAAACUCCAACCAGAAAAAUCCAUGGAUAGCAUACUAUCGCCGAAAUCGCCAAGUCUCCGACAAAAUCAUCCUAGCGAUUGGCUGCAACCUGUUAAGCCAACAGGAUCUUCGAGUCAUUUCAGCAUGCGCGCGAUCUCUGACGCUGUUACCGGUCGUGAGAAAUCCCGGAUUACCUCACCAACAGAAACUUUAUCUUCCUCAACAAAAGAAUCUCCACUGCAAUCCCCCUCGAGAACCGGUUCAAGCACACGUUCAGGUGGUCCGAGCUUUGAAUUGGAACCUCGAGAUGAUAAAAUGGCAAUGAUUACUCCGAAGACAUCUAGAAAGAAGUCCAAGAAGGAGACUAGUGCUUAUACUCGGGGUUUGGAAAAGAAAACGCCCCAGGAACAAAUGGUCGGGGCAGAUUACAGUGGAUGGAUGAAAAAGAAGAGUUCGAAUCUUAUGACAACAUGGAAACCUCGACUUUUUGUGUUGAAGGGCCGCCGGCUAUCUUAUUAUUAUUCCGAGACCGAUGAGGAGGAAAAAGGACUGAUCGAUAUUUCAUUCCACCGAGUCUUGCCAGCCGACACUGAUCGCCUUACUGGCCUUCAUGCCACUCUGACGGGUGCAACGACCAGCCCUACAAGCCCAAUUAAUGCGCAAGAAACCAUUGCAUCAGCGGAGGCAAAUGCCGAACCAGAAUCCUCACUAAGCAAAAGUGGUGGUGAUUCUAUGUUUAUUUUUAAACUCGUACCACCACGAGCUGGUCUUUCUAGAGCCGUCAAUUUCACCAAACCCACUGUGCAUUACUUCGCAGUACCAAAUAUCAAACAAGGCAGAUUGUGGAUGGCCGCACUAAUGAAAGCUACCAUCGACCGAGAUGAUUCCAAACCUAUAACUACAACUUACCAACAGAAGACAAUUUCUCUUGCCAAAGCAAGACAAAUGCGACAUCGUCCUCCAGCGCUCAUGAAUCUUGAUGAGAAAGUCGAAGAAGAAACCUUAAGAACUCCGGCAAGCGAUAAGCAUGGCCUCAAUAUUCAUGGAAUCAUAUUCGAUCGCGACGAGGGUGAUAGUGGUGUCUCUGGGGUUUCAAAACGAGAGAGUGCGAAUACAGGGACGAGUCAUGUACCAGAAGGUGCGGGUAUAAGUAAUACUUAUUCGCCAGAUAUCGAUGAUCUCGAACCAGAAACUUCGUGA